GAGCCCGCCGCCCCGUCCCCCGAGGAGCCCGAGCCGCCCGACGCCCGGCCGCUGCACUUGGCCAAGAAGCAGGAGACGGCGGCCGUGUGCGGGGAGACGGACGAGGAGGCGGGCGAGAGCGGCGGGGAGGGCAUCUUCCGGGAGCGCGACGAGUUCGUCAUCCGCGCCGAGGACAUCCCUUCUCUCAAGCUGGCAUUGCAGACGGGGCGGGAGCCCCCACCCAUCUGGCGAGUGCAGAAGGCCCUGCUGCAGAAAUUCACUCCCGAGAUCAAGGAUGGGCAGCGACAGUUUUGUGCAACCAGUAAUUAUUUGGGGUAUUUUGGGGACGCGAAAAACCGGUAUCAGCGCCUUUACGUAAAGUUCCUGGAAAACGUCAACAAGAAGGAUUAUGUGAGGGUCUGUGCUCGAAAACCCUGGCAUCGGCCCCCAGUGCCCGUCAGGCGCUCUGGGCAGGCCAAGGGCCCCGUGUCUGCUGGGGGCAGCUCUGCACCUCCUCCCAAGGCCCCGGCACCACCUCCUAAGCCCGAAACCCCUGAUAAGACGAUAUGUGAGAAGCCCCCAGAGCAGACGCCUGAGACCCCUGUGCCUGAGCCCCCUGCUCCUGAGAAGCCAUCCCCGCCUCGGCCCGUUGAGAAGGAGAAGGAGAAAGAGCGGGUGACACGUGGGGAGCGGCCGCUUCGGGGCGAGCGGAGCGCAGGCGGGCGGCAGACUCGGCCUGAGCGGAGCCUCACCACGGGACAGCCCGCCACCUCCCGGCUGCCCAAGGCCCGGCCCACCAAGGUGAAGGCCGAGCCGCCCCCCAAGAAGAGGAAGAAGUGGCUGAAGGAGGCGGCGGGCAAUGCCUCGGCGGGCGGGGGUCCACCAGGCAGCUCCUCGGACUCAGAGUCAUCCCCGGGAGCACCCAGCGAGGACGAGCGGGCAGUCCCCGGGCGUCUGCUGAAGACCCGGGCGAUGCGGGAGAUGUACCGGAGCUACGUGGAGAUGUUGGUGAGCACAGCACUCGACCCAGACAUGAUCCAGGCCCUGGAGGACACCCACGAUGAGCUGUACCUGCCGCCCAUGCGGAAGAUCGAUGGCCUCCUCAAUGAGCACAAGAAGAAAGUCUUGAAGCGGCUGUCACUGAGCCCAGCCCUGCAGGACGCCCUGCACACGUUCCCCCAGCUGCAAGUGGAGCAGAGCGGGGAGGGCUCCCCUGAGGAGGGGGCCGUGCGGCUGCGGCCAGCUGGGGAACCCUACAACCGCAAGACGCUCAGCAAACUCAAGAGGAGCGUGGUCCGAGCCCAGGAGUUCAAAGUUGAGCUGGACAAGUCGGGAUACUACACACUCUACCACUCACUCCACCACUAUAAGUACCACACCUUCCUGCGUUGCCGGGACCAGACCCUGGCCAUCGAGGGCGGUGCUGAGGACCUGGGUCAGGAGGAGGUGGUCCAGCAGUGCAUGAGGAACCAGCCGUGGCUGGAACAGCUCUUCGACUCCUUCAGCGACCUGCUGGCCCAAGCACAGGCCCACAGCCGCUGCGGGUGACCCCGCCCAGCCUGGGGGAGCCACCUCUUCCAUGAACAGAGAAUUGGGACAGAACUGUGUCCUCAGGAGCUAAUCCCCUGGGCCCCGUCGCCAGGGAAGGGGGGGGUCAUUGGUCAGGGUGUGUCCAUGCUGCCCCCACAGGGCAGGGUUCAAAGUUCGACUCCUCCCCUCUCCCACGCCCCCUCCACUCCCUCCCCAGCCCUCCCACUGUCCGGUGUACAGAGAAAUUAUUUAUAUAUAUGUAUAAAUGUCUAUUUAGUAACGGUUUCCCUCCCCACCUUGCCCCAAUCCUCUCUCCACGGCCAUAGCCCCGCCCCCUCCACCUUGUACAUAAUGUAUAGGAAAAGUCUAUGUAUGGUUGAGGGGGGCGGGGUGGCUUCAGAGAGCUGGGGGACCCCCUCCCCCCCAACCCCCCCUCACAGGCCAAGAUCUUUGCUAAAGGCCAUUCCCUCCCCAGGGCAUUCGGCAUCGGGUGGGAGGGGGAAAACGCAUCUUGUUAAUUAUUUUUAAUCUUAUUUAUUGUACAUACCUGGGGCGGGGGGCUGGGGAGGUGGAGGGGGGAGAAGGGUCCCCUCCCUUUGGCCCUCCCGUUCCUUUUCUACUGCGAUUGUCUGUGUCUGCCCCCCCCCUCCCGCCACCGCCCCAUCCCCUUGUCUUCUGGAUGUGGUUCUAUUUUUUAUCUGUCUCCUCUCCCCUUCCCCCCCCCCAGCUCCUCUGCUCCUACCUCCCGACCACCCUUUGUCUCUUGCUCUUUCUUGGGCUUCUGUACAACUCAACUUGUAUACACUGUGUACACACAACCAGCCAAACGAAAACCCAACAGCAAACACUUUA